AUGGGGUCGAACUGCUCAAAUUGUAGAUAAUGUUAAAAAGACAAACAAGAAUUAUUAUAUGAAGUAAAUAUAACUAAAAAAACAGAAAGUAAUAAAAAUGGUAUUUCAGUAAUGUCUUAACCAUCUUAAGGCUCAAAUAAAUCAAUAAAAGUACAGAUGCAUAUAGAAAUAUUAGAAUGGAACUAAUAAUAAUUAAAUAAAGGACAAUAAAGAAUCAAUACUUAAAAAGCAAUAAGAAGAAUAAUUAAUUUGCUAGAUGGCAAUUACAAUAUAAAAAUAAUGGAAAGGUCACAAAGCUAGAUUGAAUUUUAAAAAAAUGAAGUCAAGCAAUAAGGAUUAAAAAUGUGAUGAUCAAAUAUCGAGUUAAAGCAAUAAAAAAAGAAAUGCUUAUAAAUAUUUCAAUUCAGAGGAAUAUGCAGGUAGUUGAAUUUUAUUAUGAAACAGAUGUUAAUGCUAAUAAUACUAAUCGUGAAAAAAGACCAAAAUAUCAAUUUAAAAGUGGUGCUUCAUAUGAUGGAGAAUGGGUGGGAAAUAAAAGAGAUGGAGAAGGAAUUUAAAUUUGGCCAGAUGGAGCAAAAUAUGAAGGAUAAUGGGUAAAUAAUAAGGCAUGUGGGAAAGGAACAUUUUAUCAUGCAGAUGGAGAUACAUAUAUAGGUUUAUGGGAUAAUGAUAAGGCAAAUGGAUUUGGUGUAUAUAGAUAAUCAAAUGGAGCUGUUUAUGAAGGAUUUUGGUAAAAUGAUUUUUAACAUGGAUAAGGGCAAGAAAAAUGUUAUUAUAUUUUUAAAUGUAGGGAUUGAUAAUUCAAGUUAUGAUGGAGAAUAUUUUUAAGGAAAGAAACAAGGGAAAGGUUUAUAUAUUUGGCCAGAUGGAAGCAGGUUUGAAGGAAUAUGGUUUGAUAAUAAAAUUAAUGGAUAUGUAAUAAUAUUAAUAAUAAUUAGGGUGAAUAUGCUUGGGCUGAUGGAAGAAAAUAUUAAGGUAAUUGGAGAUAAAAUAAAAUGCAUGGUUAUGGUGUUUAUUAAUGGGCUGAUGGAAGAGCUUACCAUGGUGAGUAUUAGGACGAUAAAAAGCAUGGAAAAGGUAAAUAUUUUUGGCCAGAUGGGAGAAUGUUUGAAGGUGAAUGGGUUGAUGGAAAAUAGCAUGGAAGAGGCAAAUAUAUAUUGGCUGAUGGAUCAAUUAAAUAUGGCUUAUGGGAAAAUGGAAGAAGAAUUAAAUGGGAGGAUAAACAANAUGAAGUAAAUAUAACUAAAAAAACAGAAAGUAAUAAAAAUGGUAUUUCAGUAAUGUCUUAACCAUCUUAAGGCUCAAAUAAAUCAAUAAAAGUACAGAUGCAUAUAGAAAUAUUAGAAUGGAACUAAUAAUAAUUAAAUAAAGGACAAUAAAGAAUCAAUACUUAAAAAGCAAUAAGAAGAAUAAUUAAUUUGCUAGAUGGCAAUUACAAUAUAAAAAUAAUGGAAAGGUCACAAAGCUAGAUUGAAUUUUAAAAAAAUGAAGUCAAGCAAUAAGGAUUAAAAAUGUGAUGAUCAAAUAUCGAGUUAAAGCAAUAAAAAAAGAAAUGCUUAUAAAUAUUUCAAUUCAGAGGAAUAUGCAGGUAGUUGAAUUUUAUUAUGAAACAGAUGUUAAUGCUAAUAAUACUAAUCGUGAAAAAAGACCAAAAUAUCAAUUUAAAAGUGGUGCUUCAUAUGAUGGAGAAUGGGUGGGAAAUAAAAGAGAUGGAGAAGGAAUUUAAAUUUGGCCAGAUGGAGCAAAAUAUGAAGGAUAAUGGGUAAAUAAUAAGGCAUGUGGGAAAGGAACAUUUUAUCAUGCAGAUGGAGAUACAUAUAUAGGUUUAUGGGAUAAUGAUAAGGCAAAUGGAUUUGGUGUAUAUAGAUAAUCAAAUGGAGCUGUUUAUGAAGGAUUUUGGUAAAAUGAUUUUUAACAUGGAUAAGGGCAAGAAAAAUGUUAUUAUAUUUUUAAAUGUAGGGAUUGAUAAUUCAAGUUAUGAUGGAGAAUAUUUUUAAGGAAAGAAACAAGGGAAAGGUUUAUAUAUUUGGCCAGAUGGAAGCAGGUUUGAAGGAAUAUGGUUUGAUAAUAAAAUUAAUGGAUAUGUAAUAAUAUUAAUAAUAAUUAGGGUGAAUAUGCUUGGGCUGAUGGAAGAAAAUAUUAAGGUAAUUGGAGAUAAAAUAAAAUGCAUGGUUAUGGUGUUUAUUAAUGGGCUGAUGGAAGAGCUUACCAUGGUGAGUAUUAGGACGAUAAAAAGCAUGGAAAAGGUAAAUAUUUUUGGCCAGAUGGGAGAAUGUUUGAAGGUGAAUGGGUUGAUGGAAAAUAGCAUGGAAGAGGCAAAUAUAUAUUGGCUGAUGGAUCAAUUAAAUAUGGCUUAUGGGAAAAUGGAAGAAGAAUUAAAUGGGAGGAUAAACAAUAGUGA